AUGUCGGGCUCUAGUGCGGAAAGAACUGCCAGCACCACGAUCCUGUCCCCGCUGUCCAGCAUCACCACGACCCCAUCCUCGUCCCCACCGGCCAGCAUCACCACGACCCCAUCCUCGUCCCCGCCGGCCGGCAUCACCACAACCCCAUCCUCAUCCCCGCCGGCCGGCAUCACCACGACCUCAUCUUCGUCCCCGCCGGCCGGCAUCACCGCGACCCCAUCCUCGUCCCCGCCGGCCGGCAUCACCGCGACCCCAUCCUCGUCCCCGCCGGCCGGCAUCACCGCGACCCCAUCCUCGGCCCCGCCGGCCGGCAUCACCGCGACCCCAUCCUCAUCCCCACCGGCCGGCAAUGCCACAACCCCAUCUGCUCCAGCUGGCAACGCCACGACUCCAUCCUCAUCCCCACCGGCCGGCAAUGCCACAACCCCAUCUGCUCCAGCUGGCAACGCCACGACUCCAUCCUCAUCCCCACCGGCCGGCAAUGCCACAACCCCAUCUGCUCCAGCUGGCAACGCCACGACUCCAUCCUCAUCCCCACCGGCCGGCAAUGCCACAACCCCAUCUGCUCCAGCUGGCAACGCCACGACUCCAUCCUCAUCCCCACCGGCCGGCAAUGCCACAACCCCAUCUGCUCCAGCUGGCAACGCCACGACUCCAUCCUCAUCCCCACCGGCCGGCAAUGCCACAACCCCAUCUGCUCCAGCUGGCAACGCCACGACUCCAUCCCCGCCAGUUAGCAAUGCCACAGCUCCAUCAUCAACUACACUAGAACCUCUCCAGUGUCAUAGCCAGUCAUGUCUCUAUGGUGCUACAUGUAUUGAUCUGGUUCAUGGACAUGCCUGCCAGUGUCUUCCUUAUGGGUUCUACUAUUCAACAAAUGGUUGCCAGCAAGGAAAAGUAUUCCCAGGACAGGUAAAACUGAAUAUAUUAUAUAAGGUCGAAAUGGAAAUCCCAGGAUCAGCUGAUUACAAAGAAUUAUACAGCAAUGUCACCCAGUUUUUCAAUAAGACCUUUGAAAAUGAAGAAAGCUAUCGAGAAACAAGAAUCAUAAGCGUGAAAUCAACAUCAACAUCAACAAGGCUGAGUAAGGCUGAAGCCAAAGGCAAUACUGAGGUUACAUUAAUGAAUAUGUUUGAUGCAAGCACAAAGUUAAACAGUUCCUUUGUGGAAGCAUUGAUACAAAAGUCAUCUUCUCCAUUGAUUGACAGCACGUCUUUCCAAAAUGUGCCACAGUGUUCUAUUUACAACUGUGAUGGAAAAACUACAACCUGCAACGAGACAGGCGGAGGCUAUUUUCCAAGUUGUGAUUGUAUCAAAAAUUUAGCUAAGAAGAACCAGGAAGAUAAAGCUUGUUUACUUUGUAGCGCAUCAUGUUCUACAGAUAAUGGGAAGUACUGUGUCAUGUCAAAGAACGAUGUUCCAGAGUGCCAGUGUCUGUCUGACUAUAAGGAACAGGACGGGACGUGUAAGAAGUGUCCUUUUGGCUACUCUGGAAUAGACUGUAAAAACAAUUACAUGGUAAUCCUCAUAGGUGUGGCUGUUGCGUGUGGGGUUGUUAUUGUGGCCUUAACUGGAGCACUCAUUUACAAAGCACUGAGAGGAAAGAAGGAACCUAUGCCUGAGAGGAAAGGUUUGCUAAGCAAUGUUUAUGAAGACUUAGAGAUAAGUUCUCAACACAACUAUGCCACAAACGGGAAAAUUUUCCCCAGAAUCCAAACCAAAAAGCCUACGAUGGAUAACCAAGGAGGCCUAACAAGAAAUAACCAUGAAGCAGGCACAUCAAACGGGGCUUACAUUCCAGACCGAGACUAUGAUGACAAUGAUGGAGUAGAUAAGUUCCAGCUGCCAUUAAAGUCUUUGAAACCAAGUUUCAAUGGCUUGAAUUACAAUCAAGAGGCAGACAGUGAAUCCAGCCGAUUCUGAUGAGGAACUGACACUUCUUUGCUCUGCACUAUGUCCAACCACUUGGCAAUAUUGCUGAUAGGCAAUCAAGUCCAUAAAAUAUUGCGGAACCCUGGAAACCUAUGUGUGCUGCUUGGAUAGAACUCCACCUGUGUUUAUUAUGCCUUAUUAUGUCUGUUGCUUUUUAAGCAGAAGAAGAAAACAGAAAUGCUUGUACAUUGUGGCUUUGGCAUGUCUUCCACCAUAUGGAGUCACUAAAUAAGAAGAGUUGAGAUAUCAGUAGAUUAACUAUCAUAUUGUCUAAUACUAUUUCUUUGGUCUACUGUGACUAUCUUUUAUUAUCUCCAGAAGCAGGGGUUGUGACUAAAUUGUCAUGAAAACUGUGUGCAGCCCAUGCCAUAGGAGCCCAAUGACUAAUAUCUUGUACUGUAACACACAUAAAAGAGCUGGACGAAACUAUGCAAAACAAAAGGGGGCAGAGCCAGGGAGAAGAGCUAUAUUCAGGGAAUUUCCCCAAACUAUAGAGCUAGUCUAUGAUGUUUCAGGCAUUGUCUGAAAGUACAUGAUAUCAGACAUUUGCUAAAGCUAAGCAGCCCUGGGUCUCGACAGUGCCUGGAUAGGAAGCCAUCUGCAAAAUGUAUGCCAUUUUGAGACUCAAGAAAGAUGGGAUAAAAAUAAAAUAGUUACCUUUGUUCUGCUUGCUGCAUAAGGAUUGCUGGACUCCAGUCUACAGACUUCUAGAAUAUAAAUUCUGGUGCAUUUCUAAGGAGAAUUGAAGUACCAACAUUUCAUAUCAAGCAGAUCCAGUGUAAACUAGAGGAUCUAGACCAGCUCCAGUCCUACCCAGGGAGAGACUGAGGAUAGUUAGGUGCUGGGUUUAUGCACUGAAUGGAGUUUAAGACAUAGCAGAGGAGAACAUGAAUAAGGAGAAUUUAUUGGACUGCUCAUGUUAAAUGCCAAGGCAUUUAAGAUAAUUGGGAUGGAACAAGAUAAUUGGGAUGCACUUACACAAUAUUUAGAAAAAACAUUUUAAGUCAUUUCUUUCAGAUGGUGAGGAAACUCCCCCACCACCACCACUUUCAUUUGUGGCCAUAGAGAGCACCUUUAGGGGCCACAACAAUGAAAUACUUCCCAUGUGUGGUGUUUAUGGCCACUCAGGAUGUUUGUUAAACAAACCUGAAACAUUCACACAUUGAAAGCACUUUGGAGCAAGAUCUUGGUAUGGGAUGACUCUUCCCAUGUGGGAAGACAUACCUAGUGGGUGUGCAUGAAGUUCUAGACAGGGUGAGGAUCCAGAGGGAAAAUAGACCCUUUCUCCUUCCACUAGCUGAAAACUGGGCAGAUCAAAUAUCCUCUGGAAUAUGAUCCUCCCUGUUCAGUUUCACUGCCUCCAACCCAACCUGAACUGCUAAGGAGAGUGAAGAAGAGAUAUUGCUUUGUCCUAAAGUGUGUAUGGAUUUAAGAGGGAUUUGGAGAUAUCUUCUUCAAUUCUUCUUUUAAUGAUUAUGCUCAAAUCGUAUCCCAGCACCAGCUCACAACAGUGAGCAGUCUGCGGCAUCACACACGUGAUUGCAGGCAAGGAUGCACAGUCAGCUGCAGAACAGGUAGUUGAUGCAGGAUUGUGUGGAAGAAGGGAGAGAAAGCUUAGAAGGGGACCCAAGUCCCAAAUGUUUGAGAAAUACUGGAGGAAGAUGCCUCAUAUAGCUUUUAAAUUACUUUUAAAAAUCCCCUGCAGGACCAAAAGUAAGCAAGCAGGCAAGCAAACACACACAUGGGUUCUGCUAGAAAGAAGGUGGCUCUAACUAUUUGUGAUCACUUUGUCACAGCUAUAAAGGAGAAGCACUUAUUUCAUUUAAGAUCUUUCAUUCUUUUUUACCUUAUUAUUUAUAUCUUCUCUUACCAACUUCCCUUUCUUUCCUUUAUUAUUGCUUUAUUUCUUGAACCUAUUUUCUAUGAGUAAAUCUCAUUUGAAAUUAUAUGCCUACAUGCUGUGCUGUAAGUUAUUGUUUAGUUAAUAUUUUUAUUGAUUUUACAUUAUUACUUCAACC